GCAUGUGACCUAUUGAUGAGGGUGAUCUACUGGCAUCCUCUUUUUGGAUGGCCUUCAGAUACUGACAACUUUUACAAGCAUAAAUAUUCUUUGCUUAGUCUGGGGCUUGGAAGGGGAGGACUGAACCAUAAUACGAGCAACAAGGCCAUGAAGAAGUCAAGCACAUUUCUCCCGCAGAGAUCUAAUUCAAUGGAAUUCCCAAACUUUCCUCGCUCAACAUCACUUGUCCUAAACAAGUCUCCUUCAGUUGAAUACCCAAGCUCUGUCAAUCCAACUCAGGGAGAGCCGAUGCUUCUUUCCUGUCAUCCUCACCCCCUGGCUCAGGUCACCUCACCUGACCCCUUCAUAUGCAUGGGCUGCAAGGAAUAUGGAGCAGGCACAAGGUUCACAUGCCAACAGUGUAACAAUCAACUACAUGAAUUCUGUGCCUUGGCUCCUACAACUCUCAAGAGUCAUCCUCUCCACCGCCUACACCCACUGGAAUUCUGUUCUAAGCCAGUUAAAGGCGGAAUUUUAGGGACCAAGUGUGAUAUUUGCAGCAAGCCAACGGCAGGGUAUACUUUCCGUUGCAGUGCAUGCAGUUUCCAGAUUCACCCUUGCUGCGCUAUGCUUUCUACUGAAAUGACCUUUGUGGUCCAUCCCCACCCCCUAACCCUGAUGCCUGCAAUGGCAUUAUCAAGUGGUGACCCUGGUUUCAGCUGUGGUGAGUGCAAAAGAAAGAGGUCAGGGCGGGUGUUUCAUUGCACAGCCCCAUCAUGUGAUUAUCAUCUCCAUGCAGUUUGUGCUAAGAACAUGGUUAAUGGGUUGCGUGCAAGUGGCAUCAUGAGCUUAGAAAAGCCUAGCAUGCUGGGGACUGCCGCAAAGAUUGCAUCUCAGGUUGUUAUAGAGUUCAUUGGAGGACUGAUUGAGGGGCUUGGACAAGGUGUUGGGGAUGUCCUGGUUCAAACUAUCGCAAGAGGGCGGUGCACUACUAGACGAAGAUUGGAAUGAAUGGGCACAAGCUGUUACCAUGUUCAACAAGCUCUUUUGUCUGCAAGUGUUUCAACUAGAAGCUUGAAUUUGAAAUUCUUAUGUUAAAUGUUUAUAGCUGAUUGGGGUUUGAUUAGAGGUGUGUUUGCUGUAUGUAAAAUUUAUUCUCAAGGGUAUUGUUUCAAUUUUCAUCCUCUGCAGGUAUAUAUUUUUAUUAAUGCACUCUAUUGUGUAUUGA